GCGCUGGCUGGCAGUUCCGCGGUGGGGAUGCUGAGGAGCGUCGGCUUCGCGAGCAGCGCUGGCCACUGCGGACUUCCGAGGCAGACCGGGCCGUGAAAAGCCCUGCGCCGCGGCCAACCCCAGGCCUCCGAGGCCGGCCGCAGUUCCCCAAGCCGGGCUGGAAGAAGUGUCCAGCGUAGUAGCGCCGGUUCUCCGCAUCCCGAGAGACACCCCAGGGUUCUCGAGCUUCCCCGGCGACCCCUAGCCCCGGCCUCCGGCGAGCGACCGCCCCAGACCCCCUUGGGUGCCCCAGGCGCGGACGAGCCGCGGCUGGGUCCUGGCGCACACCAUGAUCGUUGCGGACACCGAGUGCCGGACGGAGAUCAAGGGCUACCUGCCGUUCGCCAGGGGCGGCGUCGCGGGCCCCGGGACCCAAGAGGAGCAUCAGGAGGGCCGGGCUCGGCGAGGUCCUCGAGGACCCAGCGCCUUCAUUCCCGUGGAGGAGCAGAUCGUCCGGGAAGGAGCUGAGAGCCUCGAGCCGCACCUGGGACUCGAGGCCCUGAUGUCUUCAGGACGCGUGGACAACCUGGCAGUGGUGAUGGGUCUCCACCCCGACUACCUUAGCAGCUUUUGGCGCCUGCACUAUCUGCUGCUGCAUACAGAUGGGCCCCUAGCCAGCUCCUGGCGUCACUACAUUGCCAUCAUGGCUGCUGCCCGCCACCAGUGUUCUUACCUGAUCGGCUCGCACAUGACUGAGUUCCUGCAGACUGGCGGUGACCCUGAGUGGCUUCUGGGCCUUCACCGGGCCCCUGAAAAGCUACGCAAACUCAGCGAGAUCAACAAGUUGCUGGCACAUCGGCCAUGGCUCAUCACCAAGGAGCAUAUCCAGGCCUUACUGAAGACUGGAGAGCACAGCUGGUCCCUGGCUGAACUCAUCCAAGCUCUGGUCCUGCUAACCCACUGCCACUCUCUGGCCUCCUUCGUGUUUGGCUGUGGAAUACUUCCUGAAGGAGACUCAGAGGGCAGCCCUGCCUCACAGGCGCCCUCGCCCCCCAGUGAGCAAGGCAGCCCCCCAAGUGGGGACGCACUGGACAACUCUGGGGGUUUUGAAGCUGCCCGUGAUGUGGAAGCGCUCAUGGAGCGCAUGAGGCAGCUGCAGGAGAGCCUGCUGCGGGAUGAGGGCGCUUCCCAGGAGGAGAUGGAGAACCGUUUUGAGCUGGAGAAGUCAGAAAGUCUGCUGGUAACCCCCUCAGCGGAUAUCCUGGAGCCCUCUCCACACCCAGACAUUGUAUGCUUUGUAGAAGACCCCACUUUUGGAUAUAAAGACUUCACUCGUCGAGGGACUCAGGCCCCCCCUACCUUCCGUGCCCAGGAUUAUACCUGGGAAGACCAUGGCUACUCCCUGAUCCAGCGGCUGUACCCUGAGGGCGGCCAGCUGCUGGAUGAGAAGUUUCAGGUAGCCUACAGCCUCACCUACAACACCAUCGCCAUGCACAGCGGUGUCGACACCUCCAUGCUCCGCAGGGCCAUCUGGAACUACAUCCACUGUGUCUUUGGCAUCAGAUAUGAUGACUAUGAUUAUGGAGAAGUAAACCAGCUCCUAGAAAGAAACCUCAAAAUUUAUAUCAAGACUGUGGCCUGCUACCCAGAGAAGACAACCCGCAGGAUGUACAACCUCUUCUGGAGGCACUUCCGCCACUCAGAGAAGGUCCACGUGAACUUGCUGCUCCUUGAAGCCCGAAUGCAAGCAGCCCUGCUCUAUGCCCUCCGUGCCAUCACCCGCUACAUGACCUGACUCCCUCUGACGCAGGAUCAGCACCUGGAGCAGCUGACCCUGGGGCACUGUCCUCUCUGCAAGGAUUUCUGUGUCUGGAGACAGAUCCAGGCCCCUUUCCGUUUCAUGUCCAUCCACCAAAUGCUGGGGAUGGGCGCGUGCGUGGCAUGCAGCCCCCUAGGCAAGCCACGCCUUCAUUUUCCUCACUGGACUGGACAGGAUUGUUGCACUGACUCUGGGGUCUCAGCUCUGCCCCUGGAGCUAGAAGACGACUUAGGAAAGCCCAAGGGGCCAUGCCCCUUUCUCUUUCCUGCUCCUCAAAAAAGAUGAAGGCGACUGGGUUAAGCUCAGACUGAUGUGCCAGCUGGGCCCCAGGCACCACAAGUGCCAGGGCCUUCCUGGCCUGGGAAGCCCCUGGCUGCCCCUGUGGGAGAGGAGCAAAGACCUCAAGGGACUGACACUCCAGGAAGCUUGCCUUCCCUCCUUCCUCAUUCUCCAAUUUCAUUACCUCCCACCUGCCUUCCGCCCAUCAAUGUGAAAGUUGGCCUCGCAGCUGGUCUGUGCGCCCAGUUCCCCCAAACCCUGUUCUGUUGGGUAGCCUGUCCUUUGGUUGCCUGGAUAUUGGUUCAGUUCUUUUGUCUCCUUUACCCUCAUACCCUUUUCUCCCAUGCCUGUUGGUGUAGGGCCCGGGAGAGGGGCCAAACAUAUCCAAAGAACACACUAUCUCUGGAGAGUUGGAGCCCAUGUUGGUCCCUCUGCUGUCUGAAGAGUAAGGGAGUAAAAUGCUGAUGAACUCUACAUUCGGGUCUUGUGGGGGAGGUCUGGCCUCCAGAGGACCUCACCGUAGAGCCAGAGUCAAGUCCUAGGAGGGAGGCAGUCCUACUCAUGCAGACGCUGGAUCCCGUUCUUCUGAUCCCUCCAGCUGCCCCCAAAAAUUGAGCCUUUCUUAGGUGGCCUAGGACCCGCCCAGUAAGAAACCAAGGUCCUCUUUCUCUUGGCCACAUCUGCACAUCUCUUGGACCUCACAGAUUCAGAACGAGGGGUUGGCUUCAGCCUCUCAAGGUCUGACGCUUUCCUCUGGGCGUUCAGGCCAAAG